AUGCGACAGACAGCUCCAACGACCAUGCCGCUCGUGUCGCCGUUGUUCCCCUCCCCGGCUGCUCUGUGCAGCGCCUUCCCCUCUGCACCGGCCGGCACUGAUGCCAAUCGCACGUCCAAGUACCCGCCCGCGCACCAGGAGCUAUACGGAACCUGGAGCGCCGUCGACGAUGCCAAAGCCAAGGCGGCCAAGCUGAGCGAGGCGGCGACCCAGGAGUUCGAGAAGGCGAGCGGCAAGGCGCAAGCUAAGGCGGGCAAGAUCGAACUGUUUUCGGCGAAGUACUACGCCGCGUGCACCUUUGGCGGCCUGCUGGCCUGCGGCCUCACUCACACGGCUGUCACGCCCCUCGACCUAGUCAAGUGCCGCCGACAGGUCGACGCGAAUCUCUACAAAGGCAAUUUCGAGGCGUGGGGGAAGAUUGCGCGGGCCGAGGGCCUCCGCGGCAUCUUCACGGGUUGGAGUCCAACAUUUUUCGGAUACUCGGCCCAAGGCGCCUUCAAGUACGGCGGUUACGAAUACUUCAAGAAGUUCUACUCCGAUCUGGCCGGUCCAGAGAACGCCCAAAAAUACAAGACGCUGCUUUACUUGACCGCCAGCGCCUCCGCCGAAUUCAUCGCCGAUGUCGCGCUCUGCCCCUUCGAGGCCGUCAAGGUUCGCAUUCAGACUACCAUCCCACCAUUCGCCAAGGGGACUCUCGAUGGCAUUUCCAAGGUUACUGCCAAGGAAGGAACAGCAGGUCUCUUCAAGGGCCUCUACCCCUUGUGGGGUCGUCAGAUCCCCUACACGAUGAUGAAGUUUGCGUCCUUUGAGACAAUUGUCGAGGCCAUCUAUAACUAUCUCCCCGGCAAGAAAGAUGACUACGGCAAGGCCGCCCAGACGGCUGUUUCCUUUACCGGUGGGUACCUGGCGGGUAUCUUGUGUGCCAUUGUGUCUCAUCCAGCCGACGUGAUGGUUUCGAAGUUGAAUGCUGAACGCGAGUCCGGUGAGGCCUUUGGCGCCGCCAUGAAACGCAUCUACGGCAAGAUCGGCUUUGCGGGCUUGUGGAACGGCUUACCGGUUAGGAUCGUUAUGAUUGGCACGCUCACUGGUCUGCAGUGGAUGAUUUAUGACUACUUCAAGAUUUUCAUGGGCCUCCCUACCACGGGCGGUCCUGCGCCGCAGCAGGACACGCAGAAGGCGUAG